UAUCAUUUAUUGGCUUGAUGCAAUGGAACAAAAGGAUAAUAAUGAGAUCAAAAAACAAUUCUUAGAGGCCGAUAAUAUGAUAUCAAAAAUUGAAUCAUCGAUUCAUCCGAAUCAUAUGUAUACAAGCAAACCAAUAAAAAUAAUCGAUGCUUCAAAUUCAAGUAGACAGAACACGUUUACUCAAGGAUUAUAUCUUUCUGAUUAUAAUAUUUAA